CAAUGGUUACCUCAGCCUCGUCGGCACCGACUCCAGUGCCAGUUCCAGCACCCGCAGCUGCGCCUGUCAAUCCACCUACAGUUAGUCAAACGCCACCACCAUCGCUUUCGGGAACUGCUUAUGCCGCGAGAGAUGCAUAUCGCAGCGCCACCACGAAUGUGAACGAGAGGAUUGCCAUCAGCGUGAGCAGUAGUCCUUUGUCGCAGAUUGGAGUCGAUGUUGGAGUAGUUGCAGCCGAAUAUGCGGCAAAUAGCGGUAUAAGUAGUGGAAGAGGAGAGAGACCGAGGAUAUCUCUUUUACCACCUGCUUCGGUAACGCCGACACCUUCACCAACAGCACCAGGCUAUCAACAUAACAUGUCUGGAGUUAGAAAUUCACGAAUAGCCCUGAUGCCCGUCCAGCCGGAUCAGUAUUGCAAUCGUACAGCCGUUGAAAUGGCUAAUCUGCAGGAGGCGCCGCCCUUCAAGAAAAUACGCCUCAGUCAACCGACCCAGAUUCAAUUGCAGUCCCAAACGCAAUCUCGUUGUCAUAGUUUGUCACCCGCUGAUCCGUGUGUUAAGCAGGAGCACGUGGUGCAGUUGCAGCAACCGCUUAGGAUAGAUACUAGGGAGCAGCCGGCAACAGAAGCGUAUACACCGCAAACUGAAGCCAUUUCGCCUACGCUUCCGGAACCAAACACACAAGAAGAUGCACAGUUCAGAAGCACGAAAGAUGAUCUUCUGCAACAAAUUUCUAAGGUUGAUAGGGAGAUUGCAAAAAGGGAAUCUCAGAUAAAUAAGCUUCGGAAAAAAUUAAAAGAAUUGGAAGAAGCGGCUAAUAAACCUCUGGAAGCUAGCGGUCUUAAACGGCAAGUUGAGGAACAGUCUCAGCAACCAAAGCAUCAAUCUCUGGCACAAAAAAUUUAUGCUGAAAAUAGGAGAAAAGCAGAAGAAGCUCAUAGACUUCUAGAGAGGCUGGGUCCAAAAGUGGAAUUACCUUUGUACAAUCAGCCAUCAGAUACAAGUGUGUAUCAAGAAAAUCGAACAAAACAUCAAACGUGUAUGAGAGCAAGGCUUAUAGCGAGGCUUCGACGAGAACACGCUGAACGUGCAUCUCUUCAUCGACAACAGUCACAAACGUACGCUAUUUUGGUACAGGAGUGGCAUCGUAAAGUAGAGCGAUUGGAAGCAACGCAGAAAAGGAAGUCGAAGGAAGCGAAGAAUCGCGAAUUUUUUGAAAAAGUAUUUCCAGAGUUACGAAAACAAAGAGAAGAUAAAGAACGUUUUAAUAGAGUUGGUGCUCGUAUCAAGAGUGAAGCUGAUUUAGAAGAAAUUAUGGAUGGCCUUCAAGAACAAGAGAUGGAAGAUAAAAAGAUGCGUUCUUACGCAGUCAUACCUCCAUUACUAUUGGAUACAAAGCAGAGACGAAUUGCGUUUCAAAAUCGUAAUGGUCUUCUUCAGCCAGAAGAAUUAGAAGCUCUUCAUAGUGAACGGAAGUUAAUCAAUGUAUGGAGUUCUGUAGAGCACGAAUUGUUUAAAGAAAAAUAUUUACAACAUCCUAAGAACUUUGGAACGAUAGCUCAAUCUUUAGAACAUAAGUCCGUUCCAGAUUGUGUGCAUCAUUACUACCUCACUAAAAAAGCAGAAAACUAUAAGCAGCUCUUGAGAAAGUCGCGGCAACGAACACGUUCUCGAAACAAUCCUAAUAAUAAAGUAAAUAAUACCAGUUCAAGUAUUGGAACUUUAGAUAUUUUAACUACGGGUGUUACGACAAGGUUGCAACGUGAGCAACAGCAGAAGACGCAAGAAAAUCCUCAAAAUAGUUCGGCAGCGACAUCAACUACAACGACGACGACGACUACGACAACGUCGAGUGUAUCAACGGCUGUUGCGACAACAAUAGUCACCACUUCGACGACUCCUUUAAGUUCAUCAACGUCGAGUAUAUGUUUAACGACAGACUCUGUAAUAGCAUCAACGACAGCUACAACGACAUCUGUGUUGAGUACUACGACAUCGUCAGUCACGACGUCAUCGACGAUAACAAGUGCGAAGGAUAAUAGAGAAACCAAUAAAGAAAACAAAGAAAGUAAAAUAGAAUCGAAAGAAUCGCAUCUUAUCAAAGUGGAAGUGAAAGAAGAGCCACAAUUAAGUUCGGAAACGGUAUCAGGAAAGGACAUCAAAAUGGAGACGAACAACGUCAGUGGUGGUAGCGUGGUAACCACGAACAGGAUGAAGGAAAAGAAAAAAGAUAAUCACGCCACCCCUAUGGAAACCAGCGACGAGGAAGCCCAAUCGAUGGACACCAUUGAAGGUGGAAGACAGAUUGGCCCCCACGCUUGCACGGUUUGUCAAAAUAUCGUGGAAGGAAACACGCAGAGCAGGGCAUUGCCGCGAAGUCAAGCGUCCCAGUAUGGUCUGCGAGAGGAUCAGAUCGCACCUGGUGCGCGCGUGUGCAAUACCUGUAGGUGUAAAGCAGUUAGAGGACGAUAUACAGCGUGUCCAUUGCCAGGUUGCCCGAAUUUAAACAACGCCUCAAAGACAAGGGUAAAAAGAUUGCGAGCUUUACCCGCCAAGUGGCUCGAUCUACCAGCUGAAAUUCGUGAUCCGAUUAUUCAAGAAUUUCAAAUACCAAGUAACGCGACGAAAUGUUGUUCGGCCUGCUUCAAUCGAAUAUCUCGUCGAUUGGCGCCACACCUAACGGGAAGUGCCGAGGUGCCCGAAGACUCAGCCGAUUCCCUUGCCCGACAAUGGACAGACGAGGAAUUGGAACAGCUGAGGAGAGCUCUUCGAGAGCAUGGAACCAAUUGGGUGAAAGUUGCCGAACAAAUACCAGGAAAGACGAAUCAUCAAUGCAAAAACUAUUACUUUGCUUAUCGGAAAAAGUUAAGCUUAGAUCAGGUGGUUGCAGAGUAUUAUCAAUCUCUAGGCGAAGAAAGGAGACCUUGUUUGACAGAUGAAGAAGAAAGUGGUAGCAGUACGAGUAGUUGUGAUGAAUUGGCAGUCCAUGAUUCAAGCGAUACAGCUAGUGCAGGCAGUCCAGCGAACAAUUUGUCCAGUGGUACACCAGGUACACCGGGUGCCACAGCAUCCUCGAAUCUGCCGAUAGCUUUCUCGCGAUCGGCAGAUCAAAAACUUGGUGAGAAAUUAGCGGAUAUUGCUGUGGUAUCAUUAGUACCGCCGGUGAGCAUAGGUCCGUCGCAACAGUCUUCCACCAGUGGAAGUAGCAAUGCUGCUUCAGCUGGUACUAGAGAAGAUUAUGAUAGCUCCGCCACGGAGACGGCGGACGAAGGUCAGGGAGGUACCGAUUUAGAAAAUAAUGGUGUGGUUGUCACGUUGACAACUGCUAAUAAUCCCACAUCAUUGCAACAACAGCAUCAGCAAUCUCAUCAACAAGUUGCACAACCUUCGCAUUCACCACCAUCCACUACUAGCAACAACUCCAAUCCCCUCACUGUGAAGGAUCUUAUGCUUGGUGUUAUUGAGAUGCAAUUGAAACGUAAUCCUAAUAGUCCAGCUGGUACCAGUGGUCCUUCAGUAUCAAUAAAUUCUGGAACACCAACGAUAUCGAGCAUAUUAAAAACGGAUCAUAGAAAUGAUAUUACAUUUGUAAGAGAAUAUAAACCGACAUCAACUAUGGCAAAUACUAAUAUGUCAAGGGACUCGAAUUUGGCUACGUUGUCAGUGGUAUCUGGUCCUCAUCAUGGUCAUCGUUCUGCUUCUAGUCCUCAGCAAAUUGGUCAAAUGCAAGCAACAAUUACUCCCUGUCCACCCGCGCCAUCGAACAAUCAGUCAUCUACAUCAGACAUACUUCCAAAGGAAGGUUUAGUUGUGAUGCAAGUACAACAAGCAUUACGGGAAAGCACUGAGGGCACUCUUGAUUUAAGCAUUAAAAAACCAAGACAACAACAAGAAUAUAAUCAUUCCCUUCAAACACUUCAUAAACCACCGACGGUCACUCUCUAUCGGCCAGAACCUUCGAGUGCUUAUUAUCAUCCUCAUGCCCAUGCGGAACAAGGUCGUGGCGCCAAAAGUCCAUUGGUGUACGCGUCGUCUCCACGACCUCAAGCACCUCUUACACCUAAAAUGAAUAAAGUUGCAGUACCACCACCACAUCCUAAAUUGUCGCCUAAAUUGAGCGCAAUAGUGACAACAAGCCAUAAAAGUGGUUCUAUUACACACGGAACUCCUGUGUCUAAUACACGUUAUGAAGGUCUUCUUAGACAGAUGACACCUCCAGGAAAUCCUGGCAGUGCAGCUGGAACACCUAAUUUGACUAGCGGUGCAGGGGCUGUGAAUGCACCUAGUAAUCAAGGACCUAAAGAAACAGGAUCCAUAACUCAAGGAACUCCUGUUCAUCCCUAUGUGGAUAAGCGUGCACCAAUGUAUGAUUAUCAUAGAACAAUCAGGCAUUCACCUGUAACAACAGGUAAUAUUCCUGGUCAAGGUCAGACUCAAGCCGGAACAGCAGCAGUAGUAGUGACGCAUAGCAAUCAAUAUAAUUCUUAUUCGGGACGACCACCUCCUAGCUAUACUAUGGAGCAACAGCUAUCGUCAAGACAAAUUAUUAUGAAUGAUUAUAUAACCAGUCAACAAAUGCAUGCACGAAGUCGAAGUGCUGGCACGUCUGAGGGUAAUAGUAAGAAUGAAGGACCUUCGACGUUAUAUUAUACCAGCACACCUCCACCUCAAACCCAUACACAACCUCGUCAAGGUGUGAUACAAAGGCACAAUCCGCAAAAGCAAAUUCAUUAUCCGCCACCACCACCAGGACUGGAGGCCUUUUCCAGUUUGGUGGAUGUUGCUGUACAGCAACCAAGUCUUCCGGUUCCUCAUCCACAUGGACAUCCUGCGUCUGGGAGUAGCAGUCACGAAGGUCUUGGUAAGACCAUGGCAGACAGAUUGUUGGCCGACCGUUAUGGGGAUAAACAUCGUUUAACUAUGCAUCAAGAUCAUAGAAUGGCAGUAGCUCACCAUCAUCAACGUGAUAGAGAAAGGGAACGAGAUCUAGUUCAUUUGCGCGAGAAGGAAGAAUAUAGAUUACAGAGAGAGAAAGAGAUUCAACAACAGGAACAUAGAUUGGUUCAGCAAAGAGAAAAAGAUGUACAACAUGCUGAACACAGAUUGUCAAUACAGCAACGAGAAAAAGAUAUACAACAUACUGAUCAUCGUCUUACCGUCCAUCAACAAAGAGAAAAAGAGAUUCAUCAGCAGAUGGUAGUAGCUGCUGCUCAACGUGAAAAAGAACAUCAAGAACAUCGUUUGGCUGUACAACAACAAAGAGAAAGAGAUCUAGCACAUUUACAACAGCAACAACAACAACAACAGCUUCAACAACAUAUUCAACAGCAACAGAGGAUGGAGGUUGAAAGAAGGCAACAUAUGGCUCAAUUGUACAGAGAUCAACAGCAGCAACAACUUGAUAGGGAUAGCCGAUUAAUAAAUAGUGGAUUUACUCAAUCCUCUAGGCUACAACAACCGCAACAAUCCCAGCAACAACAACAACAGCAACAACAGUCAUCUUCUAGACAAAACCAGUCCUCCAAUCAACAACAAAAUGAAUCAGCAUCUACAUUAACUGCUGCCAGUCUGAUAGAUGCUAUUAUAACACAUCAAAUUAACCAAAGUGUUGAAAAUACUGGUGGAAAUGCCCAACCACAACGACCUGGUGAUCGUCUUUUCCAGGUAACUUGUGGAUUUCACCGAGAAGCUCCAGUAGAACCUAAUGGGAUGGCUCACAGUCCUGCUGGCGAUGGAAAUGGUGGCAACAGUGGAGCUGGGAAUGCAGGCGGCAAUGGAGGAGGUGGCAAUAAACCUAUUACUCUUGGAGAACAUGUUGAUCAUAUUGUUUCUAAAGAUUAUGGUCCUCCACAUUCCUCGUAUAGAUCGUAUAGUGGAUAUCAAAUUUCGGAAGAUCAGUGGAAGAGACGAAAAGCUAACGAACCCGAUUCCGUGAAGACUGGAGAUGAGCGUCAAAUAAUUCGAGUUACGCAGCAACAAUCGCAACAACAGCAACAGCAGCAGCAGCAACAACAACAGCAGCAACAGCAACACCAACAUCAACAGUCAGCAGCAUCGGUAGGAAAACAAUCGUUCCAUUCAGUCGAACCUGUUUCACCUCCGGAAACAGGUACUAAUCACUAUGGGCGUCGCCUAUACGAAACAACCACUGCCACAUCGACUUCCGGAACUCCUUCCAAGCCUCAUCUGUCACCUUUGGAUUACGUAAAGAAUAAGAUCGUUGAAGUGAUGCGUACAUCUGAAGAUGAUAAAGGGGGUAACACAACCGAUAGAAAUGGAGGAAACAUCACAAGUGCAGAAAAAGAUGAGAAAAUUGGAGGAAAUGUGGAAAGUCCCUCAAGUGGAGAAAUGAUGGUGGAUGAGACACCAAAUAAAACUCCUCAACCACCUGCACCAGCGCCUACUACAACUUUUUAUCCGUUUAGUGCGUUAGGCGUUCAUACUGGCCCACCUCCUGCGCCGCCACCCCCAACUUCUGGAUCUGCUUCUGUGACAAAAUCUGAACAAAUGCAAGCCGAACCAGCACCAUUGCUUUCUGCGCAGUACGAGCCACUUUCUGAUGAGGAUUGAUAGUCUAAUAAGUUAGCAACGUGUGCUAAUCUACACGCUGUGGAAAUGUUCUUCUUAGGGUAUUUAUGCAGUUUGUUCAUACUGGACGGAAGUCUUAUUCAGACUACAACAAUAAAUAUCGAAUAUUUCACCAUUACCAAUGUUUUUCGGGCGUUAGCCAUUGCGUUCUAACUGGUCGUAUCUAAUAAUUUUUCUAAUGAUAAUUGAAUCGAAAGAAUUUCUUAUUUCGUUCCAUUUCGUUCGUUUGCUCACUUUUUUCUUUUCCUUUUUUUUUUUAUCACGAACUUUAUCGUAUUCCGAAAUGGAAAUUAUAAAUACGAUGGUUUUAAAUAGAGUUUAUUAUUUUAUAAAUUUCAUAUUCCGUCAAUGUAUUCUUUUAGUCGAGGAUCGUUUCCGUACUCUCAGUGUACAUGUAAAUGUGAUUAUUUUAUGGAAGCAUUAUUAUUUUUUUAAUGCUCAUCCAGCGUACGAGAAACUAAUUAGCUGCGUAAUUUUAAUUAUUAAUUGAUAUUUUUUUACGCAUUACUUAUUCUUCACGCUAAUAUGUACGUAAAUGUUGUGUAUAAUUAUCAGCUAGAUUAAAUAUAAUUAUUUCCAUUUUCAC